AUGCUAAAUUGCAAUCCAACACCAAGAUCAAAUCAUUUGGUGCCAAAUCUUGUUUUAAAUACAACUGUUGAAUAUGAUCUCUUGAUUGGUGUUGCUAAUGAUUUUGAUGAUGCAGAUGAUAUGGCAAUAGGUUUUGUUGUUGGGUAUGGUGAAUAUGGCGAAUAUGGCGAUGUUACUCCUACUGAUUAUUGGGAGGAAGAUGAUAAUGAUUGUGGACAUGAAUAUUCAUGUACAAAUUCAAAAUUACACCCAUAUAAUAAUCUUUGUGAGUUGAAUUGA